CUUCCGGUUUCCGGCACCCGCCGAACAGCUCUGCGGACUUAAAUAAGGUAGACAUGACCGAGGAUGCGGACUUCCGGGUUUCUUUGUGCGGUUCACACCCCCUCCCUGGGCAGAAGGGAGAGCUGUCCAUAUAGGAAGCGGGUUGCGCGACAUGCACACUCGGAUUUUAGUAGAACCGUAUUUGUUCAGCGGUGUAUUCACUGGAGAAAGCAACCAAGAGAGGAUGUCGUACUAUUUGCAACUUAGUUUCAUAUGAAGAAUUAGAUAAUUUAGGGUGUUAAAAAUAAUGAUACUGUAAAAAGGUUUUCAAACUUCGAAACCAUAAGGUUUCUGCGUGAAAGCUCAAGGGAGCGCGAGGCUUUUCAGUGCAGCUGAGCACUGGAUUUUGCCUCGGAGAUCGGCUCUGAGGAGGCAACUGAACUGAGGCAGGCAUUGCUUCCUGCAACAUGAGGGCUGAUUGGUGUGGGUGUGUGGGUUUUAAGCACAAAUUCACACCCUUCUUGGUCCUUCUUGCCUCUACCGUAGUUUGGAGGUAAUAGAAUCAUAACUGUCAAGUUUUCCCUUUUCUCGCGAGGAAGCCUAUUCAACAUAAGGGAAUUUCCCUUUAAAAAAGGGAGAACUUGACAGCUAUGAAUAGAAUUAAAGCACUCUCACUGUCUUGGAAUUGAUGAUUUUAGAGCAAUUUUAGGACAUUUUCCAUGCGACAGAAGCUUUAAGUUAGAAACAGUAUGAACGUCGAUGAUCGCUGUCCAGCCACAACCACGCUAAAAAUCUAGAUUUCCCCAGUUUCCUGUGAAUGUCUCUUUCUUUCUCCCUUGAGGGAAAAGUUGGAAACGAGCAGCUUCCAUCACUAUGAUGGGUGGGUGUUGUGCUACUUAAAGUGCAAUCCCAACCCUACUUACAUGGGAGUAAGCCCCACUAAAUUAAAUAGGACGUACUUCUGAGUAGCCAUCACCCUUACAAAAAAAAAAGUUGCCUCCGUGGAUGACUUAGCGGCAUGUGAUUUGUGAUUGGAAGAGGAGACAUCGUGAGAGCUAACGCAGAUCGCGCCACAAGACCUGCCGGGAAAGGUAGUUCGGGGAGGCUGGAAGCUGUAUGGGAGCCGCAGUACCGGAAACUAAUAGGCAGCCGGGAAGCAUCUUGGGCGAGAGCAGCUCCUUCCCAGGACUGUGUUAUGGAUAAGUUUGUUAUACGAAAACCCAGAACUGAAGGACACCCUAAGGAGAAAGAUCCCGGAGAAAAGAUUUACAAGCAAGCUACUAUAGAAUCUCUGAAGAGAGUUGUGGUUAUAGAAGAUAUAAAAAGAUGGAAAUCUAUGCUAGAGCUUUCAAUUCAGUCUAAGGAGAAUCUAAUUGAAGCCUUAAUGGAAUUAAGGAAGAAAAUACCCUCCAAGGAAGUUUUACUUUCAACAAAAAUAGGUCAUACAGUGAACAAGAUGCGCAAGCAUCCAGAUCAGGAUGUAGCUGCUCUUGCCAAAGAAGUGUAUACUGAGUGGCGAACAUUCAUCAAAGACCAUUCAGAUAGACCCUUAAUAGAAGUGAGAAGUAAUCCCAGGACAGAGAAGCUUAGGCAGAAUGCACAGAAGCUACUUGCUGAAGCUCUAGAGCUGGAGAUUGGUCACCCGCUGGUGGAAAAUAUUGAGCGAGAAGCUUUUCAUCUCUCAUCCCGUCUCAUUAGCGCACCCUACCGCAGGACUGUGCGAGCCCUCGUAUUCGCUUUAAAGCACAAGCCUGAAAUGCGAACACAAGUGCAAAGUGGUGUGCUGUCACCUAGCAUGCUUGUGCAAAGCUACAAAAAGUGACUCAAAGGCCUUUUGCAGAAGGGGUGCAGCGGUUGGGGGUAGGGAUAACUGUAUUAUGAAAUAAUGGAGGGAAUCACUUCUGUUUCUUUGAUGAAUAUUAGUGAAUACAUUAACCACAUAAUUGUUCAGUACUAUCAGAGAGUGUUUCAGGAUAUCCCUUCAAUGUCAAGUUCUCAUUUGAUGCAAAGGGCGGUUUGCAGUUCAGAGAGUUAAGAGGAACGGGAAAGGAAAUUACCUUUAAGCAGCCUGGAAGGUAAUUUCAGCUGGUAAGAGACCAGGUCUUUGUGAUAUUCUGUUCCCAAGCAUGUAUGGCACAAACCUUUGUGGGCUUCAUCACAGGGACUGGCUAGUAUGCUUAAAAGAAACUCUGGUGACCAAAUGUAAUUAGUUUGUAAACUGAAGCUUGCUCCGUCUGCCAUCCUCCAGCAUCAAAUCACCUCUUUUGCACAUUUGCUCUACCAUUAUCUGCUCAGCCUUCAUAUCUAUGUACUUUGAAGCAGGGGUAAGGAACCUGUGGCCCUUCCAUCAGCCCCAGCCAGCAUUUUCAGUGAUGGGGUUGUAGCCAGAUAACAAUGGGGGGGGGACACAGGAUCCCCACCCUGCUCUGAAGAAUUGCAUUCUCCAGUGGCAUUUAAGAACUGAGGAGGAAAACAUUUGAUGCACUUGGCCAACAAGACCAGCAAGAGCCCGUGGUGGCAUAGGUUAUGUUUAACAUCAGUAGUGCCAUGGGAUUGUGAUACCUAAUUGGUCUGAAAGGGCAAGUAGACCUUUUUUCUGUGCACUAUUAUGGGUGGAUAUGAAAAGAGUUCUGCUGUACAGUUCUGCUGUAUAACGUACACUGAGGUUCUAGGGGUCCAUAUGCAAAGGCAAAAUAGCAUCAGAACAAUCCGAGGAGCAACCUCUGCCAUCCAGGAUUUCUCUGCAGCCUACCAGAGGCUUUGUGCAACAUUCCCAGAACCCUGUAAGCAAGGUGCAAAUCUUGAAAAGCUGUUUCUGCAAAGGAAAAGCCUUUGGGUGGCCCUGCAAAACCUUACAAGGGCUUCCAGAGCCAGUGGUUGCGUAAGGAAAAUAAGUGUAAAUUGCAGGUACUGCAUAAAUACCAAUGCUUACAAACCAGCCACCUAAUGUCCUGGACCUUCCUACUUCCUUUUCCAGUACUUUACUUUGCCCUAAAAUGUUACUACCUCAUCCUCAUUGGCUGGUCUUUUUUUUUUAAAUAAAAAACAACCACCACCAAUAACAACUCCCCUGCCUUACCUUCAGACUGAUACAAACAAGAAUGUUGUGAGAUAUUGAACUAUAAUUUUCCAGGGGGAGAAAUGGCCUUUUCAAAAGAUGUUGGGUGAAAUUCAGCAUUGCACAAGGUGGCAUAAUCUUGGUCUUCAUCCACCUAUACCUCCAAAAAAUCUGUUCUGGAGAAUCUGUGGAGAUGGUGCUGUAAGAGAUAAGAGUCCACUUGCAGAAGUCCUUUACCCUCAUGCAUGAGCAGUGUUGGACUGCUUUUCUCCACAAAAAUUAAAACAAUAAUACAGAUCAACUUUGUGUUCUUGAAAAGUUUUAACACAAUUCAAAAGAGAUUCAUCUUGGUAUUAAGUCUCCUACUAUAAUGUAACGUACUGUGUGUGGUCAAGGCAGCACUGAUUUUAAGAACAAAUAGCAGAUAAGCUAUGAACGUUAUAGUGGAGAACAGAGGAGGAGUCGACACAAGAGCACUGAAAGAAAGUGGGAGGCUAGAAAACCAAAGUAUAUAAUCAGCCGGUAAGUGGGAAUGAAGUCUUUUAAGUGUAUAUUUACAUUCAAAGUGUGUUUAUACAAGUUACUCUGUGAACGAUUUUGCUUUAAAGCAAAGCAAGAUAGUAUGAAAACAAUUAGGACAAAGCGCAAAGGGAGUUCUGCUAGCACUUCUCAUUUAGAUUCCUUCCGUCAAAAGCCGUCCUCACAAGACUUGAUGUCCGUAAAUGCUUGGCUAAGGGGGAGGUGGGAGUUAAAUUCAGCACAAGUUGUUUUCCUAAGCACACAUAUUGACUAGUUGGAAGAAAGAUGUGAGCACGUUGCAGUAAAACCAAUAUGUAAACAAACAUUAAAUAAGGCAUUUUAAAAAUGCCAAGUGUGGGGAGCCUUUGGCCCUCCAGAUGUUGCUGAACUACAACUCCCAUUAUCCCUGGCUAUUGGCUAUGCAAGGUACAGAUUAUGGGAGUUGUGUAGUCCAGCAACAUCAGGAGGCCCUAAGGUUCCCUACACUAAUUUUAUACAUACCAUUUCUAUGCCUGUUCCUCAGUUGGUGAUUUUCAGUCUACAAAACUGCAGUAUAUUUCAGAUAAGAUGAAACUGCCUCUGUUAAGCUGAGAGUUGGAACAAAUAUUACAGCUAAAUGAAAACCUACUGAAAAUAGUUUUACAAUAUAACCCCAAUUUGGAGUAUGUUGGAAAGAACAGCAUGGUUAUAAUAAAAGUUAAGAAGAAGGAUGUUUUCAGCAUUCUUCCUGGCUAGAAUAUAACCAGACAAUGACUCUUCAGGAAAUAUUGUUAUAUUUUGGAAGUGUAAAAAUAGAUACAAUGUCUAAAUUCAGACCGUGAUACAAGAAGCAAUAUAACCCAGAAUGUAGGGCACCGUAUCUAAAAACAAAACCAAACCACAAAUAGUUUGUGUCCUGAACAGAUAGAACACAGUUUUGAAAUGUAUGUAUUGGAACAAGGUCAUUUGAAAGCAAUGUGAACAAAGUGUUAAGUGGCUUUUCUUGUGCUUCCUUGCUCUGUUGCAAAAUAAAGGCAUUUUCACUAUGACACUAAAAAACACCGCUUUUCCCACACCUGUAAUGUGGGUGUAAAGUCUGCAUUGGCUGACAUGCACAUUUGAUUUCAAAAUAAGACUCUUCCACUUUCUAUUCAAAAUAAUGAUACAAAGGCCCAUGAUGCGGUUCUACUGCUGAAGCCAAGCAGGGCAGUUUCUGGCCCUGCAUUCUGCAAAACUGAUCUUACCCUGGGAACCGUAUAUACAGUAAGUUGCUCUUGAGUUCUCUGGCAAAAAGGGCAGAGUGCAAGCAUAAGCAGUAAGAAUGAAUAAAUAACAUGCCCAGGUACCCACACAUGACAUACAAGAAGCUAAAGGAUGGUGUUUGACAUGGGCUGUUUCUUAAAAUGACGUUUUCGAAAUGCAAACUUGAGAGAAAGAAUUCCACUCUAACUAUGCUUUAUAGCCAUUCACGGAUAAGCUGCUCUUGAAGGUGGGCAUUUGCCCAUGCCCCCAAGACCAGCAUAAUCUGGUGGAAAUAAACCAUUUCCACUUUGCACCGAGUUUCCAAGAUCAGUUGGAGCCUGAUAGAAUUCUCAGUUUGCAUAUCCCAUAUCUUUGUUAGGGAGAGUAGCUCAGUUGGUAGAGCAUGAGACGCUUGAUCUCAAGGUCCUGAGUUAAGAGUCACAUGUUGGGCAAAAGAUUCCUACAUGGACUAGUUGACCCUCACGGUCCCUUCCAACACUACAGAUUGAGGGUGCAGGGCCCAAUGGUCUCAAAAGUCUAGAGUCAGCAUUGUUAAUGAACUGUUCCCUGCAGUUAUCUCCCCACCCCACUGCAAAAAAUGAAGAAGCAGCGCAGCUAAAUUGUAAUGUUGGGUCAAUAUAGCAGACAACGAAGAUUCAGCUAAUGUCAUGUGCCUGUUUAGUGCUGUAGAUUCUCUUAGCCUUUGGGCUGCUUGAGGGCCUAACAGGAAACCCCUUUCUAAUUUAUUUAUGUUUCAAGUAUUUAUAAAAAAAAAAUAAUCGAAAAAGAUUGUAAAUUAGUUUACAAGGAAAUCAGAAUUAAUACAGUAUAUAGCCAUACCUCGGGCCAACUUACACCUACAUAUGCACUCCCUCUCAGCAAUUACUGUUGUUGGCACCUGCUUGUCUCGAGGGACAGUGGCAAGUUAUAAUGAUAGCAUUGUAAAAUCCUUCUCUUUUAAGGACUUAUAAUUCUGCCUAUUAGGACAAUGUGCAACUCUCUAGAUGGAAAGAAACUCCUGAUGCUUUCAAAGGUAUGUAAGCUAAAAAUAUUGUGUCCUCAUCUGUCUUUUAGUGCAGAUAUUCCCACACAGCUAUCUAUGCAUGAGUAGAACUGGAUUUGCCUUCCAUGCGUCCAUUCUCCCUUUGUGCUCUCAGUAUUAUAUUACAUUUUUCUCCAUAUCCAAACUGCGUGCCAUGCCAGCCGAUACCACAGGAGGGUGCCCUGUACAACCAAACAUACCAACUCUGCUGUAGCAUGAAAUGAAGCUGGGUGGAUGGAAACUUUUAGCAGAGCUAAGGUACAUAAUCUUCCCGAGCAUGUAGCACACAGGCCUAUAGCAGGAUAUAGUGGCUAUCUUUUUGAAUAUUACGGCAAAGUUUCACUUCUUAUAUCUAGGUUAUUCAUUCCAUUUUAGGAAAGAUUCCCCCCCCUAAUAUGUUACUGAAACCUACCUCACCAAAGUCUUUAACUCUCUGUCUUUGUGCUGUUUUCUCUCUUAGGAGAAGAAUGCUGGUCAGUGGAUGUUAGACAGGAUUACUAAGGCUAAGUGUGGAAAAUACAUGUUCAGGGUAGUGCUUUGAGAAAUUGCUAGAGAUAUCUGAAGGGGGAGAUUGCUGAUCCUGUGUAAAACCAUCCUCAUGCAUUGGGUGGGUGCACAAUCCACAUUAAAUUAAUCACUUUAAAAGAAAGUUAAGCAUAUGCUUAAAUAACUCCCAGUGAAAUCAAUGGGACUUUAACAAGCGCCUAACUUUGGUUGUGUCAUAUCCAACCAAAUUAACCAUCUUAAAUGGUUAAAUUCUCUUCUUAAACUUCCUCAGUACCAAUUACUUCGUAUAUCAAGCUGUCUAAAACCAUACCUCUUAUGGGUAAGUAACAUGAAACUACCCAACAUAGAUUAAAAGGGUGUAGAGGGGCCAAUUCAUAUAGGAAAGUGCCUUAGGUCAAUUCAGCCAACUGCAAAUUUUACAAGUUCCCACAGAAUAUUUGUACACACACAUAUACUGGACAUUGAAUCUCAGACUUAAGUUUUGUAUAUGAGAUGCAAAUGAUGGGAUCCAAAAGCAAGUUACUCACAUCUAAAUAUCUUUGAAAUUAAUAAACUAUUCAGUUUAGAUUUUUAGCUAUUGCAAAAGACCCAGAAAAUGAUAAAAAGAAAACUAGGGGAUAGGUAAAUUUGAAUACAUCAAGACAGUUAUAACACAAAUAAUAGCCUUUCCUUAAUAAAAGUAACUUGUAACACCAAUAAAAAUGUAGCAACUUUGGAAUGAAUGUGCUUUAAUUCACUGGCAACUCGGUUAUCUCUGAUUUUAAGCAGACUUGUGUGAAAGUACCUUUCAAGCAAAAUUCAAGCAGAAUUUGUAACAAUGCAUUUGAUAUAUACACCUCUAGGAUGGUUUCUUACUUUCCCCUAAUUACAGCAUGGGCCACAAAAGAACAAGUAGGAAGGAGAGACAGAAGUCAUAAAAAUAAAAUGCACUUAUUGAUGGGCAGUGGGUACUUGAUUUGAGGCUGGGGUAUAAGAGGAGGAACAGUAAAAAAAAAAGUUCCUCUCAUCCUCCCCUUGACCAGGCCUCACAGAAUCCCCUGUAGCCUCAGAGCCUUAACAGAUGCUGCCUUCACAUUUUAAUGCGUUGCUCAAAAGUUGAUCCAUUGCCAUGGCAAAGAAAAUACUUCAGCUUUUUUUUGCUGUGUACAAAUGGAAGUGAUGCAGCAAAGACUACCUAAUGUACAAAUAGAUAAUCAGAUGCCCACUUACAGCUGUGAUAAUGGGAGGCAGAUUUAUAGUGAGAGAACAAGCUGCCCUCACACCUACAAAAUCUUCAGAAAUUCAUGAUGAGUGGUCCUUACCACUCAGUGGAUGACAAACCAAUCGUGAGUCAACAAUGUGACGGUGAGGCCCAAAAGGUCGAUUCUAUUUCAGGCUGCAUUAUUAGCGCAAUGUACCAUCCACUGCCCAGUCUUGGGAAGCAACUGUGCUGCUGCUGUGGUUUUCCUUACUACUCAGCUUGGGUCUGAUUCGGAGUGCUGCAUUCAGUCCUGGCCACCCACAAGUCAAGGAGGAUGUUGACAGGCGCAAAAAGGCUCUUAAGGAGAGCUCUGAGCCACACAAGUGAAAGCUUAAAAUGUGGGAGCGUGGCGUGCUGAGUCUCUAGAAGAGCAGGUGACCCAGGUUGUGUGCAGACACUGAUGGAUGCGUUGGCCAUGUCCUGGCUGAUACAUAAUCGCUGUCAGUCUGAAGGAGGCCUUUGCACACAGGGAUACCCAAAUGUAGGGCUCCAUCCACACCGAUGGAGAUUAAAGAGCACCACUAUGUAUUCUGUACCCAUGGACUGGCACUGAUUCAUGGGUACUAGAUGACUGAAAAAGGUUUAUAUUAGAAAGAUAUCCAUAUUUUGUAAGGUGACGGCUGUGCUUAAAUUAUGGCAGGAGGAAAGGUGGGUGGCAGGUGAAUGUGCUGCUGAAUGAAAUCCACAAGCCCCCCAAACAUAAGUUUUACCAUUUUAGGGCUACAUAAGGCUUCUUAAAAACAGUAGCUAAAAAAGUCUUUUCCCACCACCAAAUGCACUACCUUAACACACUUUCUGGGGCAGCACUAGCAGAGUGAUAUAUACCUUUAUUCAUUGUCCCUGUUCUAUUAUUAUUCUCUAAUCUGCGAAUGAAGGGCUAGCUACACUUUCCAUGCUAGCAUGUACAACAGUGGUCUAAUACGUUUUGCAGAGGAAUUCUUGGGGAGAGGUACUUAGCAGUAGUACUUUUCCCACCUGCCCUAUCCCAUCUCCAAAUUGCCCUCACCCCAAGAAGUUUUUUCCCUUGUGGAGUUUUGACCACACAUUCUCAAGGACAACUGUGUGUUUCCCGUCAGUAACGUGCAGUUUAAAGCCAUUUUGGGUGUGUGUGUGUUUUUAUAGUGGGGCAGUGGUGGGCAGGGAACCAGUUAAAUGCAUCUCCGCUCCCAAAAACUCCCCAGGGAAGUGACUUCCUCAUUUAAAGGAGGUCACUUGAACAUAGCAUCUCGUCUGGCCUUAAAUGAACAAAUGUGCUCCAUCAGUGGUAUGCCAACUUGAGAAGGAAGGGGGAUGUAAAUUUGCUUAUAACCCUUAGGAAGUAUCAAUUUUAAAGAAUAAUCACAUUGGAAAUAUGUCAUAAAGAAAUGUAAGACUGUAAUUGUAUUUUUCAACAAUAAAAGCCACCUCCCUUUA